CUACAUCAAGUUGGAGUUUGAUGAUGCUCAUGAAGAGUGGUGGUGGCACCGCCAUGGCCGUUCCCUUCAGUUUCAGACCGCCCGUCUUCUCCGCCAUGGCUUCCAAUAUCAACUCAGAAAACCUACGUGUCCAACUGGGUCAGCUUCAUUUUGAGGCUGAGACCACCAGAGAGAAAGCUAACAAUGCAAGGUUGAGGCUUCUGCGGCUAUCCGAGGCGGCUGAGAAGCUUAGACGGCAAGCAGCGAUCAAUGUCCGGAUCGGAAGGGAAGACGAAGCUAGGGAAAUGCUCUUUCAGAAGAAGAAGGUCAUGCAGGCAUUGGAGAAGUCAAAGAAACGCAUUGAAUUGCUUGAUGAGCUUUCAGCGAAGCUUAAUGAGGCAAUUACUGUAAAAGAGAGGCAGCUAAUUGGAAAUGUUGCUUUGGAUCUUGAAGUUGUCAGACAAGAUGCUUACAGUCCAGUUCGAAUUGUAUCCCCAACACCUGAAGAGGCACAAGAAUUGGAUGAGGUCAAAGAACUUGGCUUCAAGGGCCCAGAACUUACUGAUGACCAAGAUAACUUGCUCCCUACAGAGAAUCAAGCAAGCUUACCAGUUGAGCCAAUAGGAGAUGAGGUUCCAAAACCUUUAAAGAGUGGAGUUUUGAAUGAAGACGACAACAUUAGUACUUUGCAGGGAAUAACCUCUUUUGAGAAUUUCUUGGAGCAUCUGGAUAAUAAACUUAAUAAAAUUGAAGCAGAACUCGUCACUGUAUUAAGGAUAUAA